AUGAUAUUAAUUUCAAAUUCAAUUAUUAUGGAUUUCCAAUUCAAUGCAUUGCCAUUAGUAGGCCUAUUACAUGAUAACACGUUAUUUUCUUUAUUACGACAGUCACACCAAUUUAAUUUUGAAAUAUUGUUUUAUUUUAGCAGCACAAUUAGGCUAUAUUCUUUGGCUCAUUCCGUGAAAACAGAGCAAGUUUGUUGAUGUUGAACUCGAAAAACCCUUGAGCAUCUAAACUUUUAUAUUUGUUGUUCUUUCAAACCGGAUUUUUAUUUUUAUUGGGUAGCUACUCCAGCAUCGCUCCGGUUUAGAUUUGAAACUCGUUUGACGACCGGCUAAAUUUAUUUUUACAUUAGCCUACGUUAACAUUACAAAAAAACGCAGCCUGUACAGUUUCUGCGCAGCUUUCACAGCUUCCAGUCUUGUGUGUACGAUUGUUCAUCGCAGGCCAUGUUGAACGUAUUGCAGUACUGUCUCGUUACAGUCUUCUAUACUGUAGGAUUGAUCCUUGCUAUCAUCACAGGAUGGUGGGUGUACAUUCGUACUUCCCCUUUCCAUCGACUCGUCAAUCAAAUUCCUGGCCCCAGAUCUUACCUUCCCAUAUUUGGAAAUCUGUUUGAGUUUUCUGGAGGACUGGAUGAUUUACUUCGUAUAUUUCAUGAGAAAUGGCCCCGGAAAUAUGGCGACAUUUAUCGAGUUUUUCUUGGUCCAAACUGCCACAUUUUUACAUCGUCCCCUGAACUGCUGGAGGAAAUUUUAACUAGUCAGAAAAUCAUUGAAAAAGGUAAACCAUACAAACAGUUGAUUCCUUGGUUAGGCCAAGGACUUCUUGUAAGUUCCGGGGAACUGUGGAGAUCACGACGUAAAUUAUUAACGCCGGCAUUUCAUUUUUCAAUUUUGAACAACUUUGUCAAAGUUUUCAACGAGCAAAGCCUCGUCCUCUGUGGGAUUUUCGAGGAAAUCUGCCAAUCCUCCACAGAUGGAAAGGGAGAGAUAGACGUUGACCCAUAUAUUUCAAGAUGUUCAUUGGACAUGAUAUGCGAAGCUGCGAUGGGGACGAAAAUAAACGCACAAACAGAAAUUUCUGAUUACGUAACGGCAGUUUACAGAAUGGGACAACUAAUGGUCGAACAGUUUCUACAGCCGUGGUUAAGAAAUCCCACAAUAUUCUCACUUUCUCCCCUGGGACGAGAACACAAUCGACUGUUGAAAACUCUUCAUGGCUUUACUAAAGAAGUGAUCCACAGAAGACGGGAAAUCUUAAAUUCAAGAAAGCACUUGCUGGAAACUAACCCGACAGAAUUUGAAACCAGAAACCAGCUAGCACUGCUCGAUUUACUGAUUACAGCUUCCGAUGACGGCCAAGUUCUCUCCAAUCAGGACAUUCAAGACGAAAUUGACACUUUCAUGUUUGAGGGUCACGACACGUCGGCCUCAAUGAUGGGAUGGUUUCUCUACUUAAUGGCAGUGAACCCAGAAUGCCAGGAAAAAGCGUACAACGAAUUACAAGAUGUCUUUGGGAAGUCGGAAAGCGAAUGCACUCAAGAGGAUAUUCCCAAUUUGAAGUAUCUUGAAUGUUGCAUCAAGGAAACAUUGCGGAUGUACCCCAGCAUAGCUGGAUUUGAAAGACAUGUCCAAGAAGAUAUUCGAAUCGGGAAUUAUUUGAUACCUGCCGGUUGUUCGGUGGGAUGUCUAGCUUUAACUACGCAUAAAAAUUCCAAAUGUUUCCCAGACCCUUUAGUUUUCAAGCCAGAGCGUUUCUUGCUUGACCAGGCCGUUGGCCGACAUCCGUACGCUUACAUACCAUUUAGUGCUGGACCUCGCAACUGUAUCGGUCAAAGAUUUGCAAUGUUGGGCAAGAUCGUGUUAUCGAAUCUUCUCCGGCGAUUUAAAUUCGAGCAAUCACCCAACGCAACGGCUCCGAUUCCUUCAUUCCAGAUAACCCUGAAAUCGUUAACCGGGAUUCAUUUAAGCGUCUCUUGUCGUUGAAGACACUUUUCAUGAAAAGUAGUAAGAGCAUGGAGUAUUAGACAGCUGAAUCUCAAUUCCAGAAACAUCUAUUUCUCCAAGCAUAGUACAAGCUCUUUGGUGUAAUAUAAGUCUACCAAGUUGACAGAUAAAUUUAUUGUUGAUUGAA